UCCCCGCACGUAAAAAUUUGAUCUUGCGUCAUUUUCCUCGAGACAAUUGCAUUCGAAUCUCCGCAACGUCCUACACCUCCUCCCUCCUCCUCGCGCCACCGGCGAAGAAUGGCUUUUUCUUCUCCUUCGAUCAAAGACCUAAUUGGUUCCCUCGACCGCGAUUCAUACGUUUCCCUCCUCUCAAAGAUCAUCGGCGAGGCCCGUCACGUGCAGAACAAUCCGCCGGAUCUCAUCCCAAAGGAAGACCGUGUUGCCCGCCAUGUUCUUGAUGCGCUUCUCCCCCUCAGCACCUCCACUGACGGUGGUCCCCUUGUCGUCUCCCACGUCAGCUACGCUGAGGGCCGCGGCAACAUAAUCGUCGAAUAUCCUGGCUCCACCCCUGGCAAGAUCCUCUCCUUCGUCGGGUGCCACAUGGACGUCGUCACCGCCGAUCCCGCCGACUGGGAUUUUGAUCCCUUUUCUUUGGGUGUGGAUGGUGACAAGCUGAAGGGCCGUGGGACGACGGACUGCUUGGGGCAUGUCGCCCUCGUGACGGAGCUCAUGCGAAAGCUUGGCCAAGUGAGGCCACCGCUCAAGAAUACGGUGGUCGCAGUUUUUAUUGCCAAUGAGGAGAAUUCAUCGGUGCUUGGGAUCGGUGUGGAUGAGCUCGUGAAGGAUGGGCUGCUUGAUAAGCUCAAGCAAGGACCUUUGUUUUGGAUUGAUACUGCUGACAAGCAGCCUUGCAUUGGUACUGGUGGGAUGAUUACUUGGAGGCUUCGAGCUACCGGAAAGCUUUUCCACAGCGGUUUUCCCCACAAG